AUGGGCAGAUUUGGCAGUCUGCCUUGUGGGCUCUUUUCCCGCAGCUGGUGCUCGCGCCUUCUAUCUCGAACUCCAACGGUAAGUGGUCGCGCAUGCCCUACCAUUGCAGAUGAUUUUACGGCCGUCGAGGUCUCCUCUGGUAGGAAGGAAUGGCCUGAGUUUGUGGUCUAUUCUCCAGUUUCCGACAUCUAUCAGUGCCGGGCCAUCUGUGGGUGACGUAAAGCACCAAGAAGGGAUUCUGCUAUUGGUUAGAGCUAUUUCUCACCGAAUAGUCUCACGUAAUUCCUUGGGCCAUCAUUCCUUUACUUUCAUUAUUCCUUGUUGGGUCGUUUCAUUACAUUUUAGUCGUUGCGGCUUCAUUGUCGUUGUCGAUAUCUCGUGAUAUUUCCAUAGUCUUAGAACUUGUGAAACGGUUGAACUUCCGUCCUGUAGGAAUGUAGUUUGUGUCGUGGGUACCUUGUGACCCGUUCGCAGUAGCAUCCAAAUAUACUCUGAGCAAUUACUUUUCAUUGGUGUGUCCCACGAUUCAGGCAUUUAUUUGUGGCGCUAAUUUUAUUUUUUUAAAAUUCAGUCCUAUUUAAUAAUAUGACUCGAAACCAGUGAAGGAUGACACAAAGUCUCCACACCUAUAGGAUUUUAUUGCAUUGUUUUUAUCUUUUUAAAGUAAUGCAACAUUCCUACCUUUAUUAAUUCUAGAGAAGAUCAUUUACGGCCUUGCAACUUCCUUGGUGAGAUUCACUCAGAAUUGAUGUAAAAUAUCUUGUUCUAGCUCUACAUGGAAGCAGCUGUUGGGGAGUGGAAACACCUUUCUUUCAGUUAAGAACAUCAUUGCCAUUGCCAAAGCGUUGUUUUCGUGCUACUGGUAUUUAUUUUCCAAGAACUGCAGCCUCUUAUCAACUGGAUUUGAUUCAGAAAGUAUAAGAUUUCUCAUCAUGAAGUUGCUCAUAAAUCUGUGUUAUGCUGUAUUUCGCGCAGGUGUAUGUUGCGCUGCAGAAUCUGACUACUAUGAAACACUUGGUGUUCCAAAAAAUGCUAGCCAGGAUGAUAUCAAGAAGGCUUUCCAUGCGGUAGGUUUCCAGUGUCAAAAUGUUUUCUUCUGGGCUAGAUAAUGGUGGGAAUUUCAUGGUGAGUUUUCGGGUUCACUUAUAAGAUGUUUAAGUUGAGUAAACUGAAUGCUCUUUCAUUGGAAAAUAAAGAGUCUAGGGAUCAAAUUUUCCAAUAAACUUUACAAUGAAACUCUAAUCAAAACUUUAUCCAUCUCUUGGUUUCGUAAGGCAUUGGGUUCUUUCAUUUAGUUCGUGGAAGAGAUUGUUUUUAUUCUUUUACAUGUAUCAGUAUUCUUUAUUUUCUCCUGUUCUCAUUUUAGAGUCUCUGGUGCAAUGUUGUGUGAUAUUGCUUCAUUCGGCUGUUGAUGUCAUAGUCAUGUGAAAGAUGUUACGUGUUGUUAUUCCUGCUGUUUUUUUAACAGUGUCAUUUGACUUGAAAUUCGUUAUGGGCUUCCUUCGCAUCUGUCUAAGCAUUCUUGCUCUAGUUACUGCUAUUUUUUUCGGUUGAUAUAGGUUUUUUGGUCGCCUAAAACUUUCCUUUAUAACUUUCCCAGUCUAAUUACUAUUUUAUAAGAUAUCCUUCAAUCAUAGGAAUCCAUUACUUACCAAAGCAAUUUUCAUUUUGACUGAGCAAUUUUAUUUUUACACGACAUUGUUUGUAUCUUCCUCUGGUUGUGCCUAGUUACUGGAAAUAGCCUUAUUGAGGUCGCUUAUGUUUUUCUAAUUCCGUAUUAUGUGCAUGCCAGACAUUGUGUAUUAAUUACGCAACCUUAGAGUUCACCUAUUAUUAAUAUCAUCUAUAACUUCCAUAAUCUUAGUUUAUAGCCUAAUCCAUCCUUUGUCACACUCCACCAAUUUCACACGGUCUGUGAGACUUUUGCUUCUAUACUAGUUGCAAUGAAGUCAUUUUCUAUCAGGUGAAACUGAUAUUUUGAUUUAUAUAUUAGCAUUUAUAUUUUGAUGAAGAUGCAAUUAUAUUUUGAGUUGAAAUGAUGUAAUAGCUUCCAUGGGAAUAUCAUUCUAGCCAAGAACAGGGAUGAUUCCUAUCUCCAUCAAUAAGUGAACAAAGAUCGACUACUUGAGUUGAUUAUUUGGAUUAUGUUUGUGCAUUAAAAUCAUUUAUGGCCUAAAAUUUGAGAUUUGAUCUCCUUCUAAUUGCUUUGCUUUCCUAUUUGUUCUUCUUUGAUUGUAUCUGAGAAUUGUCAUCUGCAGCUGGCAAAGAAAUUCCAUCCUGAUGCCAAUAAGCACAAUCCUGCAGCAAAGAGGAAGUUCCAAGAGAUAAGAGAAGCAUAUGAGGUGAAAUAAAUUCUCUGUUAUGCCUACAUUAGACUAAAUUAUACAUUAUCUAUUUUUUCUUAAUUUUAUGUUUUGUGAAAAUGAGUUCUAGACUUUGCGAGAUACAGAUAAGAGAGCUCAAUAUGAUAAGGUAAUUGCCUUGAACUGUGGAUUUGGAUAUCUAGUUUUUUCCUUUCUCGAUAUGAAUUUUAUUCAAAUCAGUUAAAUAUUUUUGUUAAACAGUAAUUUUAUUCAUGGUAGGAAUUGUCUGGUGAUACAAGGCAGAGGAGAUAUAGCUCUUUUGACUCAAAUGGGUUCAACAGUCAGAAUCACGGCCCUUUUUCUGAUACAUUCUAUAACAUAUUUUCGGAGGUAUUUGCUUUUCAUUUUUCUUAUUGUUGGGGUAAAAUGGAAUAUAGAAGUCUGAUCGUUUGUCACCUUCACAGAUAUUUGAAGACGAUAGGGAAACAUUUGCACCUGAUGUUGAGGUCCCUUUAUAUCCUGAGCUUGAAGCUGAUUUUUGACUUGUUGUUCUGUUUUAGACAUCUGAAACCUCUCUGCCUAUGGCUCUUAGGUGGAGUUGCUCCUUUCUUUUUCUGAAGCUGCCAAAGGCUGCACCAAAAGCCUAUAUUUUAGUGCUCAUGUAUCAUGUGAUUCAUGCAGUAAGUGCGCUCUACUUUGGUUCUUAUGCUUGGAGUCAACACUCUUCUCUGUAGAUGAUAGCUGUCAGGUAAGGUUACAUGUGAUGUCACAUAAGAGUCAAAGUUAACCCGGUCAUGUUGUUUGGGAGGUGUGAAACCCUUAUGUAUGGGAUAUGCCUGUCUAAUCCCACACAUCCUUCUCACUCGUAGGCGAGUACAGAUGAUGACAAUGUAGACUGGUCCAGAUGAAAGUUUUUCAGACGACAAAAUUGCAACUGAGAAAAAGUGCUAUGAUUUUUGUUAUGGGAUAUUUGGUCCAACUGAUGCAUUGGUUCAUUGGUCUUCUGGUUUUAAUGUAAAUACCCCUUCCGUAGUUGGUUUUAGUAUGGAAAUUCACGCACCUAUUUAGUGUUUUAGACAUCCAUCUCGCACUCUCUCUAUUUGUACUCUUUAAUUCACUGUGUUUGAGAGAAAUUUUCGUGGUAUCUUAACUUAGGUCUUAAGCCUAAUUCAUCCAAUGCAGUACCCCAAUUGGUAUCCAGAGAUCAUUCACAAGUCUACUCCUUGGAUUGCAGGCCUGCUUCCUCUCUGUGGUGUCUUCUCAACUUUUUUUUCUUUUUUUCUUCUCAACUUCUGGAAACAUCUCCAGGCCUCUUUCCCACCUUUCUUUCCUACUGUAUUAUCCUCACUGUUAAGAGAUUAUCGCUGGUGUCUUCCGCUUUCUCUUGCCCAGCAGUCAAUAGGGUAAAGGUCUGAGGGAAGACUGUAACCCUUUGACAGCAUACCACAAUAUUUGUUUCUCCUCUUUGCUGCCUGGAGGUCAUUGACUUAAGACUCUAUCGUCCCUAAACGUCUCCCUCUCCUAUAGGAUGAAAGAAAGCUUGCAAGUGGUCUAUCACCUGUCCCUGCUGCAGCCUGUUUGUCCACUGCUAAUCUUCAUCUGUUGUUGCUCUUCAGCACCUCCAGAUACAUCUUUAGCGGUUGCUAAAGAAAGCGUUUUUCAUUUUCCCUGAUGACACCUUAGUGCCGCUGUUUUCUCUUGAUAAUACAGUUACAGAACGUUUUAAGAUGCUGUUUUGACGUCAACUUUGCAGCCAGAUCCUCUCCACUAUGGAUUCUGAAGCCUAUUCUUUUCCUUGCUUUUGAUGGAAAUUACUGGAAGAUAUAUUACACCAUUUGGUGGCCUACAGGACUCAGUCCAUAUGACAGGAUGAGAAAAAAAUGUAUAUAUCAAUGAAAUAUACGGAAGAGAAUGGUGGGGAGGAGCAUGGUUGAGAGUUAGAUUCUCAGUGUUAAUAAAAUUCUGUAGAUUGUUUUGAGAAAACGAAUAGAUGGGGAGAUGCAUAGGAUACGUACAGCCCAUAGGAGGAUAGGUUCUGGAUCUAUCAUCCUAUCCUUGAGGCAAUGAAAUCUUUCAUUUGGCGCUCUAGUAUCUUCCAUGGUGAUUGUGAACACUUCGAAUUUAUGUUAUAAUGGAGUGAGAUACUGUAGCAGAUCAAGAGAGACUUCUUUCAUUUAGAUCAAUAAAAUUAUAGCCUAUGAAGAGGAGCUAUUUGUUGCUCAUAGCCCACCUCCAUCAGCUAAAAAUAUGCUAUUUUCCCAUUUUUCCAUCUUUUUAGUCCAUGUUUAUAUCCACAAAGUUGUUAGUGUUGGUACUUUUGCCGGUACUAAGACUUUCAGACAAGAUCAACACUUGAUGUUACGUUUUGGCAUUUCCAUUCUUGAAUGCUAUUUUAGGCACGUGUUGACAUUUUUUCAUAGGGUACCAUAGCUGGAGCCUUGUAGUUUUUGAAAAUCAAUGGAUUAGGCACAAUACAUUUAAAAGCAACCAAUGCCCCUAGUCACAAUUGUCGAUCCAAUCCAAAAAGCCUUUUGAGGAUUUGAUUUUAUUAUAGUCCAGCCAAUGAUCUAGCCCCAUCUGGGGCCAAAUUAAAUCAUAAAAAGUCAUAUAAUUUUAUCUUUAAUGGGAGAUUCCAUGGAUGCUAAAGAUAAUGUGACAUUGAAAAAAUACAUGAAAUGACCAUGGCACAGUUGUGAGCUUUCUCUACCUCCACAGUUCUAUAAUUUAUUUUAGACAAAUGAGCUUUCUCAUAUGAGUUACGUACCAAUGGUGAAUGAGCCUCUACUAGGCCCAUUUUACCUUCAACGAUACCUAUGGCCCUGACCAUGCUGAUGCUGAGGAGAUCUCUAGGUCACUACAUACGCAGAGGUUUAAGUUCUAGGUUCUUGGAAAAUUUAAUCAUUAUCUGGACUUGCAUCUGAAGGAUUUUCAAAUUCGGUUGAGGCUAGACAUAGAAAAUAUUGCAAGACAUAAGGUAUAGCUGACAGAUACAAACCAAGUUGAAUCAGCUGGUGGAAGAUUACUUGAACUACUCAAAGUCUGGUUUGAGCUGAAUUCGAAUUAUCCUACAUGUUAUUUGACCUACUUGUCUUGGGUGCCCUAGAGAAAGUCAUCCUAAUUUUUUAUAUCUGGGAUUAAUCAAGUCAGAUGAUCAAUCUAUAAUGAAAGUAUUUUCUGGUUUUAUAUAAAAUAGUGCCUUGUUUCAUUAUAGGGAUUUUCGUCAAUAUAUUUCCUUUCUGUUGCCUUGAUGUGAUGUCUCAUGUUACAGACGGUAGUGGACAUCCAAUAAAUGCUAAACCCAGAGUUUGUACAACUUGUGGAGGCACUGGAAGGGUGAGCUUUACUUUUACUGCAACUCGUUUUCACUUCUAGACCCAAGGCCUGCGAAUGGAUUCAUUUUCGUGAAUAUUAAGAAGUUUCUGUUUGUGUUUGUUUCUUGGGCAUCUCAUAUGCUUGUCAGGUGACUGUGAUUCCAUUCACAUCCAGGUGUAGUGCAUGCAAAGGACUGGGUCGUAUUAUUAAGGUUGGGAUAUAAUGCUUGUAAAGAUAUUGAUGUAUAUUACUGCAAAAAAUGUUUGAAUCCUUAUUAAGUUAGUGUUUUCAGGACCAUUGCCCCACGUGUGCUGGGUCAGGAGUGGUAAAGCAUACAAAGAAUGUUGACGUCUCCAUCCCAGCAGGUAGAAUGCUAACCUUUGUAAUUAUCAGCUAUCCAGGAGAAAACUUUUAGAUUUUAUUUGAAAUAAAAGGUGUACUGUAAAGCAAAAUAUUUAGAUCACUAUUUGUUCAUACAGAGGUUAUCCUACAAAGGUGAGAAUCCUUUAAAACUCGGGGCAUCCUACAAAAUUUGAUUUCCUGUCUUUUUUGAGGACUUUCUCAAUUGGUAGAUUGACCCUUCCUUGAAGAGUUUCUUUGGUACUUAGAUUUCCUUUAUUAUAUAGGUAGAGAUCUAACCUCCUGUAUAAACUUUUAUGACUGAAUAAGAACAUGAGUUUCUGGACUAAUCACCCUCUGCCUACUUGCACUAUGGUUUCACCACUCUCUGGUAUUCAGAUCAUGAUUAAUUCGUAUCAGAAUCUCUGUUUUGCUCUCGUAUUUCUUCAACAAUGUCAAACUGCUCUCUCCUUUGGCACCGUCUAUGCUCAAUUGCCACUGAAAAGCCUACUGAGCAGGAGGCCAAAGAAUGCUCGGAAACAAUGCUUUUGCUACUUGGAUAGUCAAUAAUGGUCGAAGGCUAUUCACACCUAGCCUUCAGGUGAUUUUCUACCGUUCCAGCUCAUCCUUUAUAUACUUUCAUCGGCUGGCAAAUAUCAUCACCUCACCUCCCCCCCCCCCCUCCCCCCGGCCCUCACAAGGGGUCCAGUUGCUCAGACUUGUCUCCCACCAAUCUCAUCUUCAAUAUGUGGAUAUGUGGAAUGACUGACAACUAUCUGAGGGCCUGUCUAGUAGAUACUUAUAGCUAUUCUCCACAUUUCUUGCCAUGGCAGAAAGUUUGACCGUGAUUAGUUAAGAAAUGCACAGAAGGUUGCCUUAGCUUUUCCCAGCUGCCUACCCAACCACAGACGCAGAGUUAUGUGCAGCCCUGUAUGGUACUUUUGCCUGCAUUUAUGCAAUCUCGUUAAUGUAAGCUCUUCAUAACUUCAUUCAGCAAAGAAAGAGCACACAAUCUAUCUGUAUAUACCGUCCACUUUGGCCAGUUAGACCUAAUCGAUUUGAUCUAUAUUGUCUUCUUAUCUGCUACAGCAAUGAAUCUAGAAAAAUCAUAAAGAUCAUGAUUUUCUUUCAUUUGUGGAACCUACAGAUGGCAAAACUGGUUAAUUAUUUGUAAGGCUUUUCAUAGGAAAAUAAAGCCGCUCAAAACCUAUUAUGGAGGAUUAAAAAGUUGUUCUGGGGAAGUUCAAGAAUGGUUUGGUAGGGUUCUCUAUUCCUCCAACCUAGAGCGAUGGUGUACACUCUCAAUUUGAUACAUCGUUUUUGGUGAGCUAUGGCUUCGUGAAUAAGAAGUUAUCACUGAUCACGUGAAGAGCUCAUUGACUUUUGAAGAUUCAUGAUGUGCAUAAUGCAAGGAUCCAACCAUAUGGUAUCACUGAUGGUCCUAUCAUAGGAUCAUUGCUUUCAUUGACUGAUUUGAUGGUGACGAUGAUGCAGAGUUUUGUGAGGCACUUUCUGAACGAUUGGCGACAGAGCCUCUGACAUAGUCGGCCAUGAGGUGGAUUGGAUGUUCUGGAUAAAUCUACUCGUUCUUAAGAGUAUGCCUAAUAUACUUUCGAGUGCAUAAUUUUCCAAGUUUCCUGAGCUCCUGCUGCUUCCACGUGAUUCUGAGAGUUCAGGUUAUUAAAGGAAUGAUGAUAGGAUAUUGGAACAUAGUUUAAGGAUGAUGAAUCUCUGAAGAGCAUCAGGCCUGAGAUGUACCUGCAUCACUUGAGAUUUAACUCAGAGUAGAUCAAGAUAUCUCAAAUGGAUAACAUGAGAUUUCUGAGUUCAAGAUAACUGGGACAGUGGAGAGGGUAAAGGCUCCCUGUUUUCCCUGUCCAAAGGAAGGAGACACCUGAGGGAGGAAAGGGAUAUGACUAAAAACAGAUUUGGAGAUGCAGGUAAUGGGAGUUGAAUGAUGGAUCAUGAGUCAGACUUCAAGAAGAAUAGAGGUGAAGUUUAGGAACCAGGUUACAUUUAAUUGCUUAGAACUGUUUGUAAAAGUAUCUUUAAUUUUUCUACAUUAUUUAGAAACGACAUGAGGAGAAUUACCUCCCUGGAAGUAUUUCCCAACCAUUAAGUUAUUUAUUUGUCAGGGUAUCACAGACUAUUUGUUUGAAUUAUUUCAAGUAUAUAAACGUUCUUUUUUCGUGUUCAUUUUUUUCUUAACGUUAAUAUAGUGCCAAUUUUCGGUAAGUUUGAGAUAGGUGGGCACCUUGGAUGACUUACGUUAUACAGGCUGGGAGUGAUGUAACAUUGUAUCACUUAAUACUAUAAACUGAUCAAGAGGGGUUUAAGGCCCAUCAAGGGAGCUUUCUCCUUGGGUCAUUUUCUUAUUCCCUGAUCUUAAUUUGGUCUUUAUUUACUUCUGAUGUCGCUGCCUCACAUUUAGAGAGAGAGAGAGAAGAAUGGAGAAAGAGCGGAAGAGAGUUGCAUGAAAAACUAACCCUUGGUUGUAUGGUUCUUGAGGAGAAUCUUUUCCUUCUGUUGCACACCUCCUAUAUGCCAUGGAGUUUUUAAAUGAGCAGAGCUCAUGUGUAAGUUGUGACCACAGUAGGGACAUAACAAGGAAUUCAGUCAGGAUUAUGAGAUUCUGGUUUUUUUCUCGUGCCCCAUCCAACUCAUAGACCCAUCUCAAGAUCUAUAAAAGCAUCUUGGUAUCCUGAACAUCAUCUACUUUUUAAAAUGAUACCGACAUUGUUCCUUUUCGCUUACUUACAUUGAGUUCUAUCAUAUUAGUCAGAAACUGUACAGUGAUGCAAACCCUGGGAGGAUAUACAGUGGAAAAAAAGCUGUUGCUUAUUAUUCACAUCAUGGAUGGCUGCUAGUAAUACACAAGUACAAGGGCCAUGAAAUAAGGAAACUAUCUAACAAAGUAGUAAACUGACCAACUAAGAGAGAAACGCUUAAAUAUAUGUUCUUUCCCACAAUAUUUAUGUUAUUCCUGAUAUUUGUGUUUCCUCCUAUUAAUGCGCGUCUGCAGCACAGAUGUUGCAGACUUCCAUAGCUUUCUUAUCAUCGGAUAACAAUUAAAAAAACUACUUGGAUGAAGAAAAAUUUCAUGUAAUCAAAAUAUGUGAGCUACGUCCUAUUUACUUAAUUUUAUUCUUGUUAGUUUGUCAAAUCUCUUGUUGAUAAGCUCUACUACUUUGAUUAUGAUUUUACCCAUUUUGAGUACGGCGGUAAUAUCUACUGAAUAUCUUUGAUUUCACCUGUUUGGAUGUUUCUGUGAUUUCUUCCUCUUCUAUAGGUGUAGAUUCAGGGGAUACAAUUCGAGUGCCAAAGGCAGGGAAUAGUGGGCAACGUGGUGUGCAGCCCGGAAACUUGUUCAUUAAGCUGAAAGUAUGCUUCGUUCUGAUCAUUCGUUCUUUGAUGAAGGGUACAGAAUUGGGCAAAAAACUUUACAGUGUCCAUGAUGAAAGUAUCAUUCAAUAAUAUGGAUAUAAAUGCUGAUCAGCGGCAACUAAAUUACUCAAGCAUAUGCUAUAUAUCACUCAAUAAUAGGAUGAUCACUUAAACACUCAAUGGUGAAAUAAAAUUCUUGAUUCUUCAUAUUUGCGCUUAAAACUGUUCAAUAUUAUUUGUAAAGAAAUAGAACAUUUUUCUUUAUUGGACUUAAACGGUUAAAUACAACCAUGUACUUGUGAUGGCACAUUCGAAGAUGUUUCUUAUUUUAGAAGUAAAUGGGAUUGAGCUCGUGAAUUGCCUUCCUUUUAAUAAAAUUUGUUGUCUUUUGGUGUCGUUUCUAUGUCUAGGUUGCCAAAGAUCCGAUUUUUUCAAGGGACGGUGCCGAUAUCUACGUGGACUCUAAUAUUAGCUUUACACAGGCAAGAAUUUUUCCUUUUUGUUACUCUCCUCUUCGAAGUACAAGUGAGGAAAAAAAUUAUUCCACUGGGAAUCAUUAUAAACCAGCAUGCUCUCUCUCUUCAGAAAAGACUGCAGUAUGUGAAUUCAGUGUUCUGUUCAGUGACUGGUUGAUUUGAUAAUGUCUCAACACUAGCCAGAUGUCUACUACCUUCAACUUUCGAGCUUUACUUGGAUCUCUUUCGAUCUAAUUUUGCCCAAAAGAAUCUUAUGACUUCAAAUGUUCAUAGCAGUAUGUGGGUUUUGUUCUGAAUGAUCGGCCACUUGUGGAUUUACAAGAUAAAUAUUUUUACCAUAUUUCAUGUAAAGUAUUAGUUUUCACCAAUAGAACCUUCUCAAGUCAAUUCAGUUAAUUAACCUUACUCUAAUUGUCAGUGCAUCUUUGUUCGUUUCACGUUUGCUUUAUCUCUUUGGGUUCCAUCGCACACUGAUUUAAACUGGUGAUUAUGAUUAUUAGUUGGUGAGGAGAGUAUUGGCAUCCUAAUCGUUUUUAUUGGUGGUUAUAUUGAGCAACAUCUUGGAUGAGUGUUGUAGUUGCGAGAUAAGUAAUACUAAGUAAUAUGAGUGAUUGAUACUAGUGGUUAUAAUCUUUCCGUGUUAGCACAAAUGGCCACUAGUAGGGCAUUUUCUUUUCGGGUAGUUUUUGGGUAGCUUAUACUUGUCAGGUAAUGAUAAACCACAGAUAAAAACAAAUUAGUUGACUUUAUGGAUUGCUAAUUUGACGAAAAGAUGCAAUUUAUUCUGUUCUUGAGAUGAUCUUGUGGGAAAGUUGGUCAGUUCUGACUGUUCUAGGAGAGUUUUAUUUAACAGUGAUUUCUCUUUAUAGCGAUGAAUAUAUGCUUCCCUGUUAAUGAGAAAAGGAGGCUUGAUGGAAAAUAAAAUUGUCCUCGCUGGGUUCCAUGAUAGUUUGGAAAUAUCCUGAGGACAAAUAUGGCUGUGAAUUUUCCAGGCGCCAAAAUACAGUCAGUGGUCUUGCGAUCCUAAAAUCUAUUUUAAUUUUGUGGUAUUUCUUCUGUUAAUGUAUUUGAUGCAAUUUUCCCCUCUAGUUGAUUGUUGAUGGUGCUUUCUUUGCUGUGACGUCGUUUUUAUUAUGGUCUGUUUGAAAUAUUUUUGAAUUCAUCCUUGUUUCUGUCAUCAUUGUCUAUAUGUUUGUUGACUUUUGUGAGAAGCUAAGAGCCAAUGCUGUGGGAAGUAUUCUAUCAAGAGCUCUAGUACUACUGGUAUCUUGAGAGACUCCAUUCACAGUUUAAUCAACUCUGUGAGAAGGUUUUGUUGAGAGCUAUAGACCCUAUUUUCUCCAAUACGAGACUAAUUAGAAUGAACUAGGAGAAACUGAUGCACAGGAAAACUUUAUGGUAGUUCAUUUUCCAUGUGAGUACUUCCAGCUUCCAUUAUAGUAUACCAUUGAGUUACAAGUUGUUCACGGUGAUGGCUGCAUAAAAAAUUCCCUUCUAUAUCUUGGGAAUCAGCAUUGACCUUACUUUGACAAAUACUGAAAAUACUCCCAUGUAAGAAGCAUUUUACAAGAAAAUAGAAAAUUUGGUUUAAAGACUCUAGUCCCAUGACUGCUGGAAGGGGGGUUUACCCGCUCCCCAACAUUCUUUCCAAACCACAUUGAGAAAUGACAGUUGACUGACCCUUGUGCGAACUCCAUGUAAGGGCAGUCAUUAGGCUCCACAUUGCUUGAUUAGUGUGAUCUUCUGAUCUUCAAUACUCAAGAUUUUUAGUCUUCAUACUGAGUAUCCAAGAACAGAAACCUCAUUCAAAAUGCUGAAUGCUUGAUUUAUUUUAAAGUUUAAUUUUGUCAUGUCAAUGAUCAGCAGCACACGUAGUUUUAUUUGCUUAAUAUACUACUGUUAUUUUAUUAAUUGAAUUAUUGUGAGAGAUAUUUGAAAUUGGGUUGAGUUUUAUUUGCAAUUGGUUAUGCCUCAUCUUGUCCUGUUAGGAUUGAGGACAAUUGAUAUCUCCCCUGAAAUCAUAUGUAUAUAUAAAAAUUCUGAUUGUUUACUAGUAUUCAACUUAUUAUUCAGGCUAUCCUUGGUGGAAAGAUCCAAGUACCAACUUUGUUGGGGAAGACGGACGUGAAGGUACGAUUUCUUGCAUUACCUUCAGUUUCUUUUAUUAGUGGCAUUCUUUGCUGGUUAUUUUAUAACUCUAUACGGAUGCUAAAACACUGAGGAAUUGCAACUGUGAAACGUAUUUUGGACCUUUUUCAGUGUGUGGCAUUGUGCAGUGCAUUAUGAAACAGAAAACAUGGCUGGUAUAAAGCAUCAACUCCUAGAUAAAACAGCCAUCUUUACUUUGAGAAAUAUUUGAGAUUAGCGAGAUUUUGAAUUGAUCUCUACAGGAGUCUUAAGUUCCUAAAUUUGUCUGACUUAUAUUGUUUUCGCUUCCAUUUGUGCAUAUCAUAGAAAAGAUAUCGAUUUAUUUCGUAUCUCAAAGGUACACAAACAGGAAGGGUUUGUGUGCAUCUGUUGUAGUGGCACCAACUAAGAAGGAAAUUGAACAGCGGGUCUUAGAAGUAAGACUGUGCCUUAGAUUAUAACUUUUAAGCUAUUGCAUGAACUAUUAAGCCAUUGUCAUUCCUCUCAUUCUUACCUCAUGUAAAAAGGUUGAGAUAAUACUCAUUUUCUUCAUGUUUGACUAUAAUGUUUUUAAUGUAUUUUUGAAAAAAUGACUUAAGGUGCUUCAUUAUCUAGUAAAUUUUUGUGUUGCCAUUAGUAAUAGAAAUGUGAUUGUAUCGAACCCAGUUGGGUAGUUUUUUCCUUCGAAGAACUCUUGACUUAUUUUUUGAGCUUCUGAACUGGACAUUAGAAUAUAGUGUACUUCAGAUUUCGGAUUUUAUAUUUCUUCUUUCAUGUAUUUGAAUUUUUCUUUUUAAUCUAAGUUCAGAGGAAAAUGUUCCAAUAAAAUGGUUGCUUCAAAUAUCUUAUUUACUACUCAGAUACCGAAAGGAGUCCAACCAGGGCAGCUGUUGGUCCUUAGAGGGAGAGGUAUAUCUGCUGAAGAAUUUACAUUAAGAGAUAUGCCAAAUGAACUACGACAGAUUUUAUUUUCUUUCACUAUAUUUCCUCCGUGUAAUGAUGAAAUCGUACCAGGUUUGCCAAAGCGUCUUGGCUUUGUGGACCAUGGUGAUCAGUACGUGCGUUUCUGUGUAAAUUUUCCUCUGUAAGAUGCUACUUUCCUGGUGUAACAGUUUAUACGCUUUGAAUUUCUCCAAUUAUGACUACCUGAUUUUUUUGCGAAUCAUAUACCCUCAUUGUUCUUCGUAACGUUUCCAUUCGAUCCCUUGCAUUGUGGAAGAGUGUGGAUUGGCAGUAGGGAGUAAUGUUUGGACCCAGCGGAGUGAUUCUGAAGCUUCGUUGAUUUAUCUAGUUGAAUGGGGCAAAGUCCAUGUUUUUGGAUUUAUAAAAUUGAGUAAUCAAAACCUUCCCAUCAUGGAAAAUCAGUGAAACACCAUACAAGCGUUCUAACAUAACAUAUUUCAACCACGCCAACACGAAAUAAGCUGCAUUGAUUGUCCAGGUUCCUUCUUCCUUUUCUCUGAUCUUUGUUCUCCAGUUCUGGCCUUUUUCUCUGCCUCUUGUUGCUGCUCACGACCACAGGAAGGUGAGGAUCCAGAGUCCCGCAGCUGGCCUGCUGCUGGUCCGUUCUUUUCUUAUCAGGCCAAUUCAGCCAUCCUUCUCCAUCUAUAGCGACAUUCUCUUUUCCAGCCUUGUUUGAUUGUUCCUCUUCUACUUCUGGUUCUUUUGCUAGUGGUGGGGAACUGGGUUUUCUUUUCAAUGUGAGGCUCCCAUGCCUUUUGUUUUCUCCCAUGCAUACAUACCUGAGCUGGUGGAAGAUAAAAUGAAUAUCCCCUUCCAUGAUUAUGCAUGUAUUUUUUUAUGGUAGAAUCUUUAGUCAAGUCAUAGUUUACAUCGUAACUCAGAUUUAUUUAUUUUUUUGUUUGAUCAAAUCAUAAUAUAUUAUAUGGUAGGUCAUUCGUCAAAUUGUUGAUGUUGCAUUUAUUUACUACUUGUAGAUCAGUGAACGACCGCCAGAAGUCCCUUUUGGAAGAGUUUGCAAAGGAGGAAGAGAUUAUUGAAAGAAAUGCAUAUGAAGAAACAAAAUGGUUAGUGUCUUAUGUUACUUGCCUGGCAUUCAAGACCCGAUUUAUUUCUGCUGACCUCUGACAGGCUCAUGCAUCUUGUCUAUGGAUAUGCACUUCAAUUAUGAAACUUUCUAUUGACAAGAUAGUUCAAUGCAUAGUUGCUCAGUUCUUUCUCACCUUACCCAUUCAUUCCACUGACUUUUAGUUGGCGAUCCCUUGUAUAUAACAUGAGUAGGUCACACAAGUCCCUAUGCACCAGAUAAGUUGCUAUGCUUUGUGCUGCUGUUAUCACCAUGGUCUAAUCACUGAAUACCCCCCCCUCUUUGUGACAAUGAUUAUCUUAUAUUACAUCAUCAUGUGCAGAUUUUUCUCCUUGAUGAAUUUUAAUAUUUUACAUAACUUUGAACUGACAGAGGGCCAAUUGUUAAUGUAGAGUCCAUAGCCUUAUCCCCUCUGUCUGCAGGGGAUCUACCCAGGACAGGCACAUACGUACACUCUUUCUCAUCCUCACACGAAGUCACUGCCGAUGCAUUAGAGCUUCACUGCAGAUCUCUGUAGAGGUGGCUGCUACCGUGUAGUUUUCUAUGCCUCUUUGAGACUACGCCACCAAUUAGCUUGAGCAUCAGAGGCAUCCUUGGGGUCCCUUUUUGUGCCUCCUUCAAGGCGCCUCAUUAGGAGAUGCUUUCCUAAAACCCAGCAGUGAUGGAUGAGCUGCUGCUGCUGCUGCUCCACACAGCUCCAUUCACCAAACUUCUGGAGCAAGGAAUUUAGUGGGUCCCCAACUCUAUUCCAUCUAUCUAUGAAAUAAAGAUAAAUUACGAAUGAAUAAAACUGUGCAUAUAUUAAAAUAUAUAAAAUAAAAAUCAUACGUUAAGAGAUUAUUAGUCCUGGUGGGAUAUAAAAAUUUGAUCAUAAAAGUAUUAAAUAGAGGCAAAAUAGCUGUCGUAUUUUAGUGUUUAUUUGAAGAAUUUGAGAGAGGAACGGACAUUUACGAAUGGGAUGUCAUGGUAGCUGAAGCAUUAGGAGUAUGCAGGGUUAAGUUCUCUCGUUGCAAUUGUAUUGUUUGACUAAAAGUCAGUCUGGGUUCUCCGACGGUUAAAUGGCAGAUCCUAUGUUUUGAAAAUUUGCAUUAUCCCAUCUGUUAUAUUUAUUAUCAAUGGCAGCUCAGGGAAGACUUCUUCUUCCAAUCAAUGCAGAUGGUGUUAUUUUAUUCCUAGAGUUUUGUUAUCUGGAGAUUCUCUCCUUCUUACGUGAACUCUGGGUCUGUCUGAAUCUUGUUGGCAUAGAAUACAAAUCCUGUUUUUCAUGCUGCGGUCAAACUGUAGCUAUGAUGUAAGGACCAGUGCCUUUGAUUUUCUUUGUUGUGCUAUAUUUUAACCUGAAUAUGAUGAGGAUUUUCGGAAUGACCAACAGGCUUGAUGAGCGGCUGUCUACUGGUUGAACUUACAGGUGGCAUCAAGUCUUCUCUCGUCCGAACAGGCAUCUGUUCUUCUAUCUGACUAUCGGGGUCUUGUUCCUGGUGAUCCAGCUCUUGCCUGAUCUGUGAUGAUGAGUGGAUAAAUGAGUGGGCAGGCUUUGCUGUGGGUCCCAGCGCCAAGUUACAAUUUUUAACCGCAGACGGCUACUUAUGGGAGGAGGAUAUUUUCUAAUCUUCUCCACUCGCGGGGGCAAUUUUUUUUUUUUUUGUAUACCAGUCGAGGAAAGUGUAAAUCUCUGUUUUCAAUAAGGUAAUUUUUGUGUAUAAAAUUAAUUCAUUGAUGUCAUGUUAAAUAAUCCCCUCUCCUUCCUCCCUUGCCUUUUUUCUUAACUCUCCUUGAUCCUGGAUUACUUCCACCAGGAGUGACUUGUAAAAUGUUGCAGCCAGAACUUAUGGUUUUUGCCAAAGAUGGAAAUAAACCCCUUCUGUUCCUGUAAAUAUUGGGUAACUAAUGUGAUACCAAGAUUGCACGCCUACUGACUAUUCUUGCACCCAAAUUGGCUGCAGCAAUUGGCUAGGCCACCAUGCAUUACUCUCUAAGUUACACUUAGAUGGGAUUACUUAUCAUGGGUUGCAUGAUCGAAGAUGUGGCAUAUUCAAAUUUCUAAGAUCUAAAACGACAUGUCUACCUAUUCAACUAUUCACCAUUAUUAAGAAAUUUCCUUGGACUCUCGAAUGAAUCCAAGGCUUUCUUGUCUCCCUCCACAACAUCUAGUCAUCAUCUGCAUGUUUCCAUCUACUUACCUCUGAAAUUUCAUCUGCAUGACCUCUGCUCAUAUCCAUGGAAGCCUUUAUAUUUCAUGAUUCUAAUCUUUGCUAAUAACAGCAAGCUACUAAUCGCGCGUCACAUACCCAUUAGAUGAGUUACUUUCAUAUUGGCAAGGUCAUGUCCCAGAGUCUAAUGAAUGAAUGCCACCACUCAUCUCUGACAGGAUGGUGGAUGGAUUAGUGUCAAUGGUGAUAUAAGCUCUUUUGUACUUGGGCUGCUUGGACCACCGGAUUGAUGAUUUCAGCUUUCCUAGGAUGGGUGGGUCCUGCCAGGAAAAAGAGAUGGCACAAUGCCCAAGUGUGAAGAGAUUAAUGGCGUCCACAUGAAAUCUUGUCACAAUCCCUCUUCCUUCCUCCUGAAUUUUCACGGAUAAAUAUUGCUAUAAAACAUGGGCUAAAGUUCUUAAUAAGCUGCUAAACCUGUUUGAUGAACUUAAGCAAAAUUGGUCAUGCUGAGAUUCUUCUAAGUGAGAGAUUUCCUGUUUUAUUUUACUUUCUUAUUUUUUUGCAUAAUUCAAGACUCAGACUCAGUUUAUCGCAAUAAGGGUACAAUGGACUCAUCGAAGGAAUCUUUGAUUUCACCUCACGAGAGUAACCUGCUGCAAAAGUCAACUUCUAGCGUGAGAUUUGCAUGCACUUGUGCACAUGCCAAUGAAGGUGGACCUCUAUCAAAUGAAGGGGGAAUAGGUUGCAUUAGCUGAUAUACUGGGGGUGGUUUUUGUCGGUAAAUAUAAAGCUUGUUUAAAAAACAGGACAGAAUUUGGCAAUUAGAUAGCCCAAAGCAUGCCGUGAGAGUAGAAAAAAUUAAGCCUUGGAAAAAGAUUCGAUUACCCAUUGACCAAAAUCAUGGGAAAAAAAAAGAUUAAUUUGACUUCAUUAUGAAAAUCAGAGUUGUAGACGAAAAGAAAUCAUGAGGGCCUUUCCUUACUGAUCACAGCACAAAUAGUAUCAUUAUUUAUUGUAGCAACCUUCCCCCACUUGUAAUAUCAAGGAGGGGUGGUGGCAGAAGAAAUACAAAAAGAUUCAAGUAUACAAUGGAGAAUGGAUGAUGAAUGGAUGAAUAUGGCGCCCACUUCUUCGUAUUGCAAGAAUUCACAGAGCCCAAUGCUCAAUUUGUGCAUGGAUGGAUGAUCAACUGCAGGAGAUAGAGUUUUGAAAAUCGGGACUUGGGAGAGAGGUUAUCUUCUGUAGCUUAUAUCGGACCGCUUCUCCUUCACUUUGCCUCCUCUAUUUAAGCCCUUUUUCAACAGCUUCGGCUUGAGCUUCGAUCCUCCUCACUAUUAGAUCAUGGACGGACAAGGUCGUUAGAAUGCAGCGUGAAUUCACGUGAUAGGCAAAGCAUUGACCCUUAACUUCCCUCUGCCUCCGUUUCAGAUCCUCCAAUUCCUGUUGUAUCUUCUCAGGGUCACCUCUCUCACGAUGAGCAAUAGAGAAGCGUUUAUGUGUACAUUUUUCUCUGUAAGAUGCUACUCCCCUGGUAUAGCAGUUUUUAAGCUUUGAAUUUCUCCGAUUAUGACUGUCUGAUCUUUUUGUGCGUUUCUGACUUUUUUUCUGAAUCUUAUACCCUCAUUUUUGACGACAAUACUUUUUCAGAAUGUUUCCAUUUGAUCCCUUGCAUUGUGGAAGAGUGUGGAUAGGCAUUAAGGAGUAAUGUUUGGACUCAUGGAGGGAUUUUGAAGCUUCGUUGAUUUAUCUAAUUGAAUGGGGCAUUAAGGAGUAAUGUUUUUGAAUUUAUAAAAUGGAGUUACCGAAACCUUCCAAUCAUGAAAAAUCAGUGAAACACCAUACAAGCAUUCUAACAUAACGUAUUUCAGCCACGCCAACACGAAAUAACCUGCACUGAUUGUCCAGGUUCCUUCUUCCUUUUCUCUGAUCUUUGUUCUCUAGUUCUGGCCUUUCCUCUGCCCCUUGUUGCUGCGCACCACCACAGGAAGGUGAUGAUCCAGAGUCCUGCAGCUGGCCUGCUGCUGGCCGCUCUUUUUUUAUCAGGCCAAUUCAGCCAUCCUUCUCCAUCUACAGUGACUUUCCCAGCGUUUUUCGAUUGUUCCUCUUCUAUUUAUGAAUCAAUGCAUAGUUGCUCAGUUCGUUCUCAUCUUACCCAUUCAUUCCACUGACGUCCAGUUGGCCAUCCCUUGGAUAUAACAUGGGUAGGUCACACAGGCCCCCAUGCACCAGAUAAAUUGCUAUGCUUUGUGCUGCUGUUAUCACCAUGGUCCAAUCAUUGAAUACCCCCCCUCUUUGUGAUACUGAUUAUUUUAUAUUACAUUAUCAUGUGCAGAUUUUUCUCCUUUAUGAAUUUUAAUAUUUUACAUAACUUUGAACUGACAGAGGGCCAAUUGUUAAUGUAGACUCCAUAGCGUUAUCCCCUCUCUCUGCAGGGGAUCUACCGAGGACAGGCGCAUACAUACACUCGUUCUCAUCCUCACCCGAACUCACUGCAGAUCUCUGUAGAGGCGGCUGCUACCUUAUAGUUUUCUAUGCCUCUUUUACACUAGGCGACCAAUAAGCUUGAGCAUCAGAGGCAUCCUCAGUAGUGUCCUUGGGGUCCAUUUUUGUGCCUCCUUCAAGGCGCCUCGUUAGGAGAUGCUUUCCUAAAACCCAGCAGUGAUGGGUGAGCUGCUGCUGCUGCUCCACACAGCUAUUCACGAAACUUCUGGAGCAAGGAAUUUAGUGGGUCCCCAGCUCAAUUCUAUCUAACUAUGAAAUAAAGACAAAUCAUGAAUAAAUAAAGCUGUGCAUUUAUGAUAAUCUAUACAAUUAAAGAUCGUAUGUUAAGAGAAUAAUAGUCGUGGUGAGAUAUAAACAUUUAUUCAUAAAAUUAUUAAAUAGAGACAAAAAAGCUGUCGUUUUUUGGUGUUUCUUUGAAGAAUUUGAGAGAGGAACUGCCACAUCCAAAUGGGAUGCCAUGGUAGCUGAAGCAUUGGGAAUACACAGUGUUAAGUUCUCUCGUUGCAAUUGUAUUGUAUGAAUAAAAGUCAGUCUGGAUUCUCCGAGGUGAAAUGGUAGAUGCCAUGUUUCGAAAAUUUGAAUUAUCCCAUCUGAUAUGAUUUUAUCACCAAUUGCAGCUGCCAAUGAAUGCGGAUAAUUUUAUUUGAUUCCUAGAGUUUUUUUGUCUGGAGAUCCUGGAGUCUGGGUGCCUUUGAGUUUCUUUGUUGUGCUAUGUUUUAACCUGAAUAUGCUUCUUUCGGUUUCUUUGAGUUUCUCUGUUUUCAUUAAACUAGUUAAUUGAUUAUUUUCAUUUUAUGUAAUCAUCCCUCCUCCCUCCUUGCCUUUUUUCUUUCUAACUCACCUUGAUCCUGGAAUAUUUCCAUAAGGAGUGAAAUGUAAACUAUCACCUUGAUCAUGUUCCCUGAGAAGUAAACCCUUCUGUUCAUGUUUAUUUGGUAACUAAAGAGAUCCCAAUGAUGCACGUCUACUGACUAUUCUUGCAAAAAAAUUGGCCACAGCAAUAAGACAGCCCAAGGCAUGCGUCAGAGUAUAAAAAAUUAAGCCUUGGAAAAUGAUUCGAGUACCCAUUGACUCAAAUCAUGGGAAAAAAAAUAUUAAUUUGAUUUCAUGAUGAAAACCAGAGUUGUAGACGAAAAAAACAAUCACGAGGGUCUUUCUUCCUGAUCAUAGAACAAGUAAUAUCAUCAUUUAUUGUAGCAACCUCCCCCCACUUGUAAUCUCAAGGAGGGGUGAUGGCAGAAGAAAUACAAGAGGAUUCCAAUAUACAAUCGAGGAAGGAUGAUGAAUGAAUGAAUAUGACAACCCCUUCUUCGUAUUACAGUAAUUUUCAGAGGCUAAUGCUCAGUCUAUGCCUUCAUCUCAAUCAGCCCUUCAUGGUCAUGCUCUGCUUCAAAUCAGCUAGCUCUUUAGCUGAGAGGUCCACGCACUGGGCAUAGCCCAGCAUCUUAAGAUCCUCCCAUAUCUCGUAACAGUCAUCAAUCUCGACCGUCUUCUCCAUCUGAAAAGUCAACAUGGCCACCUUGAGUUGAAUUAGGCCAGAAAAAUACCUUUUACUUGGAAGGAAGAAUUGGAAAUGGGGGCCGGGGGAGAGAGGCUACCUUCUGUAUCUUCAAUCGGGCCGCUUUUCUUUCCCUUUCCCUCUGUUUAAGCACUCUUUCAACAGCUUUGGCUUGGGCAUUGAUCCUCCUCCUCUCUUUUGGAUCAAAGGACGAAUGAGGUCGUUAAUGUGGCGUAAAUUCAAAGUAGAAAAUUCCUUCAUGCAUUCACGUGAUGGGCAAAGCGUUGACCCUUACCUUCCCCUUGCUUUCGUUUCAGAUCCUUCAGUUCCCGCCGUAACUUCUUUGGGUCACCUCUCUCACACUGAGGAAGACAGAAGAUAGAAGAGAGAAGAGGUGAGAGUCUCAGGAUGACUGAUCAGGGAAGCUGACCAAAAACGGUGAAAGUUCUGUAGCGAAACGUUACCUUGUGAAGAAUCAUCUUCUCUUGGGCUCGAAGGAUGGUAUCUGCAAAUCGUCUCUUCAACAGGGCAGCGCGAAGUGCUCUAUUGGGAGACAAAAGACUCUCGGAUGAUGGAGGAAUUCGAUCACAGGUCUUCAGGGGCCUGUGAUUCUUCCCUGAGAUUGUUCUGUGCGAAAUACAUGUCACUUGAGCAAGCUCCCCCUUCGAUUGCCUCUUUAAUGACAGCUCGACAACAGCACUCAUGGACGCACAAUCUGGUGCCAUAGCUGGCGGAUUUUAUGAAAAAGUGACGAACUCUCAGAAGGGAAGAAGAUUUUGAUCGCAGCCGGAAGUAGGACGGUAAAACAAAGGAAAACGAAUGCCUGAACAACUACCAGGGUGGCUGAGCGUUGGGAAGAAAGAUGGGUACAGAAGGGAUCCACAUUACUGAAAGGAAAGAAGAGAAACAGAGCAACGAGAACGGCAGAAAGAACGUACCUGGUCGACCGACGAGAAGAGUGUCACCUCCGACCCAAGAACCCCUCCUCUCUCUGUCUCUCUCGUUCUCUCUUGCUCUCGCUCUCCCUCUAUCUCUCUGUCACUCUCGUUCUGUCUCUCUCCCUCUCUCUCGCUCUCGCUCUCUGUCUGUCUCUUUCCAGGAGUGGAGAACAGUAGAAGGAAGCGGUCGGCCAGCAUCAGAGUGACAACAACGGCCGAGCGCGUGUGGUGAGAGCGGGCGGGAAAGAGGCGGGAAGGGGUCAUUUAAUCUUUUAAAAGGAGUACCCAACGAGCUCUCCGGUCGACACGUCACUAAUGGCCGUUGAAGUGGCGGGAAGAAGGCGGACGGCUAUUCUUCACUCUCACUCUCUCUCUCUCUCUCUCUCUUUCUUUCUCUCGCUCAAACCCGCCAAGUCUCCCUCAUCUCCCUGAUCGCCCACUACAGCGCUUUUGGUUCUGUCAACAUGGCCCUCUCUCUCUCUCUCUCUCUCACACACACACACACACUCUUAGCAGGAACUUCCGGAGUGAGUCAGAGAAUGUUAUCCCCCCCUCUUUGUGAUACUGAUUAUUCUUGGGAAUCAGCAUUGACCUUACUUUGACAAAUACUGAAAAUACUCCCAUGAAAGGAGCAUUUUACAAGAAAAUAGAAAAUUGGGUUUGAAGGGGGGUUUACCCGCUCACCAACAUUCUUUCCAAACCACAUUGAGAAAUGACAGUUGACUGACCCUUGUGCGAACUCCAUGUAAGGGCAGUCAUUAGGCUCCACAUUGCUUGAUUAGUGUGAUCUUCUGAUCUUCAACACUCAAGAUUUUUAGUCUUCAUACUGAGUAUCCAAGAACAGAAGCCUCAUUCAAAAUGCUGAAUGCUUGAUUUAUUUUAAAGUUUAAUAUUUUCAUGUCAAUGAUUAGUGGUGCACACGCAGUUUUAUUUGGUUCAUAUGUUACUGUUAUUUUAUUGAUAAAAUUAUUUUGAGAGAUAUUUGAAAUUGGGUUGAUUUUGAUUUUAAAUUGGUUUUGACUCAUCUUGUCCUGUUAAGAUUGAGGACAAUUUGAUUUCUCCCAUGAAAUCAUAUGCAUAUAUAAAAAUUCUGAUUGUUUACUAGUGUACAACUUAUUAUUCAGGCUAUCCUUGGUGGAAGGGUUCAAGUACCUACUUUGUUGGGGAAGAUGGACGUGAAGGUACGAUUUAUUGCAUUACCUUCAGUCUCUUUUAUUAGUGGCAUUCUUUUCUGGUUAUUUUAUAACUCUAUAGGAAUGCUAGAACACUGAGGAAUUGCAACUGUGAAAGCAUUUUGGACCUUGUUGAGUCUGUAGCAUUGUGCAGUGCAUUAUGAAACAGAAAAGAUGACUGGUAUAAAGCAUCAAGUCAUAGAUAGAAAAGUCAUCUCUACCUUGAGAAAUAUUUGAGAUUAAAGAGAUUUUGAAUUGAUCCACAGGAUUCUUGAGUCCCUACAUUUGGCUGACUUAUAUUCUUUUCGCUUCCAUUUAAGCAUAUGAUAGAAAAGAUCUUGUUUUAUUUCGUAUCUCAAAGAUACACAAACAUGAAGGGAUUGUGUGCAUCUGUUAUAGUGGCACCAACUAAGAAGGAAAUUGAACAGCGGGUCUUAGAAGUAAGAUUAUGCCUUAGAUUAUAACUUUUGAGCUAUUGCAUGAACUAUUAAGCCAUUGCCAUUCCUCUCAUUCUUACCACAUGUAAAAAGGUUGAGGUAAUACCCAUUUUCUUCAUGUUUGACUAUAAUCUCUUUAUACGUUUUUGAAAAAAUGACUUAAUCUAGUAAUUUUUUUUUAUUCCCAUUAGUAAUAGAAAUGGGUUUGUAUCCAACCCAGUUGGGUAGUUUUUUCCUUCGAAGAACUCUUGACUUAGUUUUUUGAGCUUCUGAACUGGACAUUAGAAUAUAGUGUACUUCAGAUUUCGGAUUUUUUAUUUCUUCUUUCAUGUACUUCGAUUUUUCUUUUCAAUGUAAGUUCAGAGGAAAAUGUUCCAAUAAGAUGGUUGCUUCUAUUAUCUUAUUUUCUGUUUAGAUACCGAAAGGAGUCCAACCAGGGCAGCUGUUGGUCCUUAG